GACUUCGUAACAUUACUUACGAUGGUGAUGAACACGAAUUCUCCGACGAUGAUCGUGCCUCAGUGCUCAUCAUCGACAACAAGAUUUUCGAACACAACAUCCUCCGUGUCAACUAUACAACGUAUGACCUUCGACGGGAGCAAGAUACAAUCAAUCCCAGGACCCGCGCUGAUAUUAUGGUGCUAUCUCAUGAAGAUGAGCGCACUCACCCAUAUUGGUACGCACGUGUCGUACAGAUUUUUCAUGUGAAUGUCGAGCACCGUGGACACGGCACUUUACCGUGUACUCCCCCAACCCGCAUCGAUUGUUUGUUUGUUCGUUGGUUCCGUCGUGACGUCUCACCCGCAGGCUGGGCUGCAAAACGCCUGCAGCGCCUCGAAUUUUUCGACGAAGACAGCCUACCUGAUGCAUUCGGAUUCUUGGACCCCAAUUCAGUUGUCCGCGGCGUUCACCUAAUUCCUGCAUUCAAUUUCGAAACUACUAACACAUUACUUGGACCAACAUUUGCACGGAAAAAGAGUGACUCGUGUGAGGAACACUCGGACUGGCGCUUUUACUAUGUAAAUAUAUUUGUUGAUAGAGACAUGUUUAUGCGAUUUCGUGGUGGCGGAGUAGGCCACAAGGCCACGCGUGACUGGGAUGAAUUUCUCCAGCGCGAGGGACACGACGAAGCCGGCAGCAACAGUUCAGACUCUGAAGAAGGUGUGGAAGGUGAGGGCUCAGAGUCAGAGGAUGAUGAUGGCGGGCUUGAGGUAGACGAGGAACAGGAUGGCCAAGGUGACGAGGACGUUGAGGACAGAGUGAUAGCUGAUGACGGCGAAGAGCUUGAUGAUGAUGUACUUGCCCAGGAAGGUUAUGGGGCCCUAUGAUAACAACUAGCACUUAAUGUAUUGGAUAUGUACUACUACGAUACAUCUUACUAUCUAGCAGAUGUCUGACAGGUACACAAAAGACAGGGUAGUAUCUAUCCGACAGCGAGUCUGACGGACAGGUGUCGUGCUGACACGUUAACAUCGCUG